AUGGAGAAUUACCUCUUCCCUCAGAAAUACAUUAUUGCUAGUUGGCUGAGCUCCGGUCCCACUUCCUGGGCAAUUAAUAUCAUCUUCACCUUCCUAUGUGGACUAGGACUCUUCUUCCUGUUAUUCUCCUACUUCCGGAAUGAUCCAUCCUUACCACCACAUGAGAAACACAGAAACAGCAGGAAGCAUCGAGUGGAGCCUCGGAGAAGGAGCAGCAGGAGCCAGAAGAAAGCCCAGACUCUGAAGACUCUGAAAGCUUGCAGAGAUUGCCUGCAAGAACUGGAGGAGGUUCGGGACCUGAUUUCCCUUCUCCAAAGCCACCUGGGGAGGGUCCCUGACCAAGAGGCCUUUCAUCAGUUCCUACAUCAAGAAGCCCCUGAGGAGGUGUCCAAAGCAGCAUCUGCUGGAGCCCACCAGCCAUGCAGCGAGCCUGGGGAAGAUGCUGCUCCCGUCUUGGCCCCAUCACCUUCCCCCGCUCCUCUGACUGGAUGCCCUCUACCUCUGGCCUCCACUCUGUCACCAAGCCCAACGACCUCCUCAAUUUCUCUUCUUUCACACUUCUCCCUGAGUGCUUCUUGGCCACCAGACCCUUUCCUUCCCCUGGAUGGCUUUUCACACCAGCCACUUGCUCUUUCUCCUUCCCUGUCAAGUCUCCCUUCUUCAGAGGCCUGUACUCCCCCUCUGACAGACUCCUCUGCCCCAGCAUGGCCAGACUCUACUCUGACUCUCCCUCUGUGUGACUCAAUGGCACCCCCACUGAACACCAUCCCACAGAGUUCAUCUCCACACACUCCUUGGUUAGCUUCUCCUGUUCCAGUCAUCUCAGGCUUAGGCCACUCAAGCUGUCCUAUUUCAGCCCUGUCCUGCUGGCAGGCAACUGCCAAAGCCUGGAGCUUCUCCACUUCAACACACUUAGAGUCCCAGCAAGAGCCUCUGUCCCACCAGCCACCAAAGGUCUUGCUCUGGGGAGACUCCACCAACAGACAGGUAGAGGCUAAUAUCCCCUCUUUCAUCAACCCCGAUAUCCAGAAGCUUCUGGAGAUACUAAUCACUAAGAGAAUAGAACUGAAGAUUUGGAAGAAGGAAGAGUCAGAUGACCACCUAAACUCUUUGGGGAGUAGGUGCAAGUCCCCAGGUGACAAGCAGGACACCCUGGGUUGCCAAUCCUUCUGGAGCAUGAGAAGCAUACAAGAACGGCUGCUCAGUCCAGAAAAGCCUCCAUAUCACGGGACUUCGGGAGACAAUCUACAGCAGAAAUGCAGCCAGCUCUUCUGGGGUCUCCCCUUUCUGCACAGUGAGUCCCUGGUGGCCACUGUCAGCAUGGCUGGUUCCCCACUGGAGCUCCCAUCUGUCAUAUUCAAUGAACUCUCUCAGACCUUGCCCCUCCCAAUGCAGGCCAACAUAGCUUCACAUCUUUCACCAGCCCAGUCCUUACCUGAUGCUAUGGUCCAGCCCCAACCCUUGACCCCAACCUUGUCCCAGUCCCCGCCCCUGCCUCUGGCUCUGCCCCAGCCGCAGGCCCACUUUGCACCCUCUGUUCCAAUCGAAUUGCCUCCUUCUCCACCCAAGAUGGGGAUACCUUGCCCUGCAUCUGAGAACAAUACACCAUCUUUCAUCUCAACUGCAAUUCAAAACCUGGAAUGUCACUUUUUAAAGAAGCAAUUAGAAAGGGACAGGACGUUACCUGCUGUGGUAAAAAGAUCUCAGGAAGUCUUUAGCCAAGUCUCUCCCAACUUUCUGCAAGAUGACCAGGCCCCUGAGGCCCAUGAGUCCAUCUCUGUCCUUCCUGAGGAUUUGAUCAGCCCUGAGCUCCGGGAGCAACUGGAGUGGCACCUUUGGAAGAGGUUCAUGAGGCACCAGAGUGGCCUGCCCCACAAAAUCCAGCUGUCUGUGAAGCUGAUCCAACCUCAAGACGAGGCCCUGAAGGUGACACAGGCACACAACCAGCACAGACCCAUGUGGCCCUCUGCAUCCAGAGACCGAAGCUGCCAGGCUGUGCAGAAGACCGGGUCCAGGAACCCAGCAAGGACCAUGCCAGGAAAAAACCUGGGCAAGGAUACAAGGUCUAGUGUGCGGAAGAUUCAGAAAGAUCUAUGCAGGGGCUCAUCAACUUCUCCGUGGAAGGAUCCAGGGAAAGGUUCUGAGGAGUCAGACCCAGACAUAAUGAAGCACUCGACAAGCAUCCAGGACAAGAAGCAUCCAGAAAAGAUCCUGAGAGCCCAUUUGGGCAGGAAGUUGGGGCAGAUCAGAGAGGGGCAGAUCCCUGUGGAUGUUCAUCGCUCUAGGCUUGCCGUCAACCAUGCCUCAGAUCUUCCUGGCAAGCCAAGCAUCCACAGGAAAACUGGAAAGCCAGCAAUUUCCAAGGGUUGGAAACCCUGCAUGACCACUUCCCACGAUUUUUCCAUCCUCAGCCCGUACACUCAACGGAUGCUAGAAGCACAUAUUAUAAGGUUCCGGGUAAAGCACAGAUGGAGCCUACCCCUCAAGGUUCUCAAGCCCAUAAAUCUCUUUAAGUUGAAAAAAGGCUCAAUCUUUCCCUGGUCCUCCACUCCCCACUCAGCCACCAGCAUAUCUAAGGCCCGCUCAAAAGCCAAGUUCUUGGGCAAACCUCCUCAGCCCCAUCGAGGGGAGAAGGAAAUAACAAAAGAAGCAGUUCCCCCCUCAGAGACCCCCCUCCCUGCCCCUCAGCCUAAAUGUGAGGAGAUCCCACAGACCCUGGAAGGGAUCUCACUUGGUGAGGGCCAUGGGCCCCCAGAGGCCCCUGUGGCUGGACAGGAGGCCAGGCCACCUUCUCAGACCCUCACAUACAGCUUUGUGGGCAGAAUCUGGCACAGUGAAACUGUCUUGGGGGCUUUUGAGUAUAGCAGCUUGGAGUCAAGUCCAAGUCCAGCAACGACCACCAGUGAGCCAAGGAGGGAGACGGGGGGUCGGGCCUCACGAGACUCCUGCUGUAACAUAACAGUGCUAGAGCUCAACUUAGAGUCCCAGUCUUUGAGUGCCAAAGAGUCCAGGGAGGCAGCAGAGAGUGAGGAGGCCCCUGCUUGGGGUGACACCUUAGAACCCAGUGUGCUUCCUAAUGACCAAACCAUCCAUGUGGAUCUGAGAAGAUCGGGGUCUUCUGGGAGCAGUAAUGGCCCCUCAGCAUCUGUAAAGUUGGUUGCCCAAGACCCAGAAGAGCCAUGCCUUGAUGAACAGCUGAGAGAGUCUGCAGUCCAGAGAUUGGUAGAGUCAGAGAACCAGCCUCAAGCCCCCAUCUCCAAUGUGCUUCUUGAAGACUGUGAAACUGGGGUGAUUCUUCAAGAUUGUGCCACCAACAGUCUUCUUCAAGAAUGUCAGUCCGAUAUGUUCCUUGCUGCAGACAUGUUGGCUUCUCGGGGAUCUCUGUCUGACUUCCAGAGUGUGUCCAGUGAAGACGCAUCAACUUCCCAGAUGCUGCUUGGCCUCGUAUCGAGUGGGCAGGACAGCCAGUGGCAGCCAGAGCCCCUGGUCCUGCAGGCCCCCUCUAGGAGCCAGAGCAAGUUGUCUAUCCCCGCUCAAGAGAGAGAGUACUACAGGAGGCCCAACGCAGGAGAGCAUGAGGAAGAGCUAGGAGAACUAAAGGUCUUCCAAAUCAGUGAGAUGAACCAUCACUCCCGGGACAAGGCAUCCCCAGAGCCCUCGAGAAGCAAGUUCUGUCCCGUCUUGCUGAAGAAGGAGGAGGUUCCUCCAGAAAGCCAAUUCAGAAGAAAGGUGAGGCACUUUCUGCAGUGGAUUCUUCCCGGUAAAGGCAAAGGACAGGAAGAUCCCGGCCCGAAAGGCAAGCCUUCUCCAGCAUCUGCCCGGAACCGAGCAUCAGGCAGGUCGGCUCCGGGCAGGGGGCCUGCUGAGGCUCAGGUGCUCGUGACAGCCGUGGGACAGAUCCUGGAGGAGAAAAUGGUGCCUCACCAGGGUCUGCGGGCCCCGGAGUGCAACUGCUACAAAAGGGAUCAGCGGGCUGCAGCAGGUCCCAACGUCUGCUACCACAGGGUUCUUUCCUACCAAGAGCAGAGGAGAGUGAUGAGAGAGACGGCCUCCAAGCAGCAAGCCAUCCCCAAGGGCCACAGCUGUCCCAACAGGGCCGAGUGGAUCCCAGGCAGGGACAACAGGAGUCCAAAUGCCAAGUCACAUCUCGACGCGCAGCUGCUGCCCCCCAGGAUUGCCGGGGACCUCUCCAUUGCACCUCCUGCUGCGUGGGCUUCCCAGGUGUGCCCGCCACCCUCACCUGCUGGCCCGCCUCACCGAUCCGGUUCUGACUACUCAUCACCCACAGGGGCCGGACUGUGUGGCCAGCACCGCGCUGCCACAAGCCCAACAGUGGCCCAGGCCUCGGCAGGGUUCGGAGCCGACUCCUCUCCUGGCCAUUUGGUGCCAUUUCCAGGCAUCGCACACCUGCAGCUCCUUGAAGCAAGGACCAGUGCCUCGGCCAGCCGGUCCUCCCGGGGCCCCCGUCACAGGGUAGAGGUCCUGCUCUUCCCCUGGCCUCCCCUCUCAGGGCAGCUCUUGCCCACGGGGGACCGCAGUGGUUCCUCUGGAUGA